AUGACUCAUCAAAACACCUUGAAACUUCUUUCCAGCCAGAAAGCAAUUGUUCCAAACUUCAAAUGUGAUAAGCAACGGAAGCUGAUAUCUGUUAUUGGGGGACUUGACUCUGAAAUCUCCCUUCACAUGGCUACUCUAUUAGGCAUCUACAAGAUUCCACAGAUUGCCUAUUGUGCAUUUGCUCCAGUUAUGCAUGUUAGAAGUCAACUCCCUUCACUCUACAGGGCAGUUCCCAGUGAACGAUAUCAGUAUGAAGGGAUUGUCCAGCUUCUUUUGUAUUUUCAAUGGACAUGGAUUGGGAUCAUUGCAAUGGAUGAUGAUAAUGGAGACAAGUUUAUGCUGACCUUGAUCCCAAUGCUUUUGCAAUGUGGAAUAUGCAUUGCCCUCAGUGAAAAGACACCAGCCAUAUCUCAUGCUAUAGAUAAACUGAGUUCGUUUAACUCUAUUUUGCACAAGGCCAGCUAUCUAUCCAACUCCAAAGUCAAUGUUUUGGUGGUAAAUGCAGACUACGCGACCAUUACAUGUACGACUUGGACAAUAUUCUUAUUUGCAAUGGUGAAAGGCAUCGAAGAGACAUCUAUAGGAAAAGUCUGGAUCAUGACAGCUCAGUGGGAUUUUUCUUCAGAGACAUUGCACAGGACAUCUAAUAUCCAAGUCUUUGAUGGGGCCUUGUCUUUUGUCAUGCACUCAAAAGAAGUAGUGGGCUUCAGAAAAUUUCUGCAGUUCUUACGUCCUAAGUCACCCAAAGGGGAUGGUUUUCUUAUAAUUUUCUGGCAACAGGCAUUUAACUGCUUUUUCUCUGAUUCAAAUCAGAUCAGCAAAUGCAGUGACAAAUGCAAUAAUAAUCAUUGCACUGGUGAAGAGAAGCUGGAGAGCCUCCCUGGGACUCUUUUUGAAAUGAGUUUUACUGGUCAAAGCUAUAGCAUUUACAAUGCAGUCCAUGCCAUAGCACACACUUUACAUAGGAUGUACUCAUCUAGGCUAAAACACAGAGCAAUGCCAGACAGAAGUUGGUUGGAUCAUCUGAAUGUGCAACCUUGGCAGCUUCAUCAUUUCCUAAGGAGAAUUUCAUUUAACAACACUGUUGGUGAUACAGUGUAUUUCAAUGAGAAUGGUGAAUUAACGGCUGGCUUUGAUAUAAUAAACUGGGUUACUUUCCCAAAUCAAUCUUUCUUAAAAGUGAACAUGGGAAGAAUGAAUCCACAUUCUGUGCUGGAUCAAGUGUUCACAAUUAAUAAGGAGGCCAUCACAUGGCACAUGGCAUUUAAUCAGGUGCUGCCCCUUGCCAGAUGUAAUGAAAACUGCCAUCCAGGUUACAGCAGAAAAAAGAAAGAAGGGAAACCAUUUUGUUGUUUUGAUUGUUCUCCUUGUCCAGAUGGGAAGAUUUCAGACCAGAAGCAUAUGGACUAUUGUUUCCAGUGUCCAGUGGGUCAAUUUCCAAAUAAAAACAGAGAUAAAUGUCUCCCUAAGAUACAGAACUUCCUCUCUUUCACAGAACCUUUGGGCAUCACUUUAGCUUUUUUCCGUUUGUCUUUUUCUUUAGCAACAGCUUUUGUGUUAGGAAUUUUCAUUAAACAUAGCAAUACUCCCAUCAUCAAAGCCAACAAUCGGGAUCUCACCUUUUGUCAGCUCAUUUCUCUAUCACUCUGUUUCCUGUGCUCCUUGCUAUUCAUUGGCCAUCCUAACACAGUGACCUGCUAUUUAAGACAAACCACUUUUGGAAUGAUCUUCUCAGUGGCUGUUUCUUGUAUUUUGGCAAAAACAAUCACAGUGGUUCUGGCUUUCAUGGCUACUAGGCCAGUAUCCAAGAAGAGGAAAUGGUUGGGGAAAGGAUUGGGAAAUUCUAUUAUUUUGGGGUGUUUCAUUAUUCAAGCCUGUAUUUGUGCUGUAUGGCUCUGUAUUGCUCCUCCAUUCCCAGAUUUUGACAUGUACUCUCUGGCUGGAGAAAUCAUUGUAGAAUGUAAUGAAGGGUUAGCCAUUAUGUUUUAUUGUGUCCUGGGUUACCUGGGAUUCUUGGCUAUUGUUAGCUUCACUGUAGCUUUUCUAGCCAGGAAGUUGCCAGAUAGUUUCAAUGAAGCCAAGUUCAUUACUUUUAGCAUGUUGAUGUUUUGCAGUGUUUGGGUGUCCUUUGUUCCAGCAUACCUGAGCACCAAAGGAAAAUCCAUGGUGGCUGUGGAGAUCUUCUCUAUCUUAGCCUCCAGUGCUGGAUUGCUAGGUUGUAUCUUUGCCCCUAAAUGCUACAUAAUUAUUAUAAGACCUGAGCUGAACCGCAAGGACCAACUAAUAAAAAGAAAUUAG